CUGCGUCGUUCUCUUUUCCUUUCCGCUCAGGUUUCAGCCGUGGUGUGAGCGUGGAUUUCAUCAUCUAGGCUCAGAAAUAUCACCCAAAAUGAGCGUCCCGGCGUUUAUCGAUAUUACGGAAGAAGACCAGGCUUCAGAGCUAAGAGCCUACAUCAAGUCCAAAGGAGCUGACAUUUCAGAGGAGAACUCUGAAGGCGGGCUUCAUGUAGAUCUUGCUCAGAUCAUUGAGGCAUGUGAUGUCUGUCUCAAAGAUGAUGAUAAAGAUGUGGAGAGUGUCAUGAACAGCAUCGUGUCCCUGUUGUUGAUCGUGGAGCCAGAGAAGCAGGAGGCUCUCAUUGAGAGUCUUUGUGAGAAAUUGGUGAAGUUCCGUGAAGGAGAGAGACCCUCCCUCCGAAUGCAGCUGCUCAGCAACCUGUUUCAUGGUAUGGAUGAAAACACGCCUGUGAGGUAUACAGUCUUCUGUGGCCUCAUCAAGGUGGCAGCAACUUGUAAUGCCAUCGCCUUCAUCCCCACUGACCUCGAUCAGGUGCGUAAGUGGAUUGUUGACUGGAAUCUGAACACAGAGAAGAAGCACACACUCCUAAGGCUCGUGUAUGAAGCUCUGGUUGACUGCAAAAAAAGUGAGCCUGCUGCCAAAGUGAUGGUGGAGCUCCUAGGAAGUUACACAGAAGACAAUGCUUCACAAGCACGAGUUGAUGCCCACAGGUGCAUUGUCCGAGCUCUCAAAGACCCCAACACUUACCUGUUCGACCACCUCCUCACUCUGAAACCUGUUCGCUUCCUUGAGGGAGAACUUAUUCAUGAUCUGUUAACCAUCUUUGUGAGUGCAAAGUUAGCAGCAUAUGUAAAAUUCUACCAGAGUAACAAAGACUUCAUUGAUUCUCUUGGUCUGUCUCACGAGCAAAACAUGGCCAAGAUGCGUCUGCUGACUUUCAUGGGCAUGGCAUCGGAAUUCAAGGAGAUCUCAUUUGACAUGAUGCAACAGGAGCUGCAGAUUGGCGCCGAAGACGUCGAGGCUUUUGUCAUUGACGCUGUUCGAACCAAGAUGGUGUACUGCAAAAUCGACCAGACACAGCAAAAAGUUGUUGUGAGCCACAGCACACAUCGCACCUUUGGCAAGCAACAGUGGCAGCAGCUGUAUGACAGCCUCACCUCCUGGAAGGCUAACCUCGCAGCCGUCAAGACCAGUCUGCAAGCCCUGUCCCCUUCUGCUUAAUUCCACCUUAACCUGACUGUCUAGACUGCCUGACACCCCCCCCUAUUCUUUUCCACUUCCCAGAUUCCCAGACUGAACUGAUCAGUUUUUAUAUUCCUUCAAUAAAAGGACAGUGGAGAUCA